CUCGAAUCGCAACCCUAAUUCUGCAGUUCGAUUCAGAGAGAGAAAGAGAGAGAGAGAGAGAGAGAUGGGGAGGUCGAGGAGGAAGUACAAGAAAUCGCGGCCGAAGGUCCAGGUCGGCCUCCCGAAGAAGAACCCCCGGGUCGUCAAGGCCGCCUUCAACCUCCCCCCGAAGCUGCGCUCCUUCAUCCGCGACUCCGUCUCCGCCGGCGGCGGCGGCGGCGUCGAGUGGGACGACAUGGGGAGCGUCCUCCGGAACUACAAGUCCUUCGGCGUCGUCUCCAACCCUAACCUGCUCGGCGUCCGCUCCCGCAACGCCCACACCGUGGAGAGCGGCGCCCUCCAGGUCCCGCCUCCCCGGCCCUCCUCCGACGAGGCCGCCGGAGCCGCCGAAGCCGCCGAGGGCGACCUCAUCGACUCGGGCAGCGAUCUCGAAGAAGACGAUUUGAAAUCAGCUCUUGGAAAGAAAAGAAGAGAUGGCAAAUCUGCACCUCCGCAGCCAUUGACUGCCAUGCAGCGUGUUCACAUUGGGCGGCUGAUUGAGAAACACGCAGAUAACUAUGAGGCCAUGUUCAGGGAUAUGAAGUUGAAUGCGAUGCAGCAUUCAGUUGCGACUUUGGAGAAGCUGUGCAAAAGAUAUCACAUGUAUAAAGAUAAGAAUCCUUUACUUUCUCGUUAGAGGUUGGGUUUUGCUAUUUAAGACGGUGAAAUAUCUUGUAAUCCAUUAACACUCUUCUAUGAGUGCAUUGUGCUUUCAACAGUGUUUAGAUUCGUGGCCGAUCCCUGUACUUCCCUCUCUUCCCAAUUCCGGGGGAAUGGCUUCAAAGUAGGGGCAAUGACACUUGCUUUAUCUAUUUAUCGCCCUUAGUUGUCAAACCAAGAUAUACAAGUCAAUGAAUUCUAUUCUUUUGUUAUAAA